AUGGUUUCCUCAACGAGCAACAACCUCGAGCGCGAGGAUCACGCUCGCGAUGCCCAAUUCAACAAGGCCCUCCACGGUGACAGUGCAAAGGCGACUGGUGGUCUUGCUGCCAUGUUCAGCAAGGGCCGCGAUGCCAAGCAGGCUGCUGUCGACGAGUAUUUCAAGCACUGGGACAACAAGGCCGCUAAGGACGAGACCGCUGAGGAGCGAGCCUCUAGAACAGCUGAGUACGCGACUUUGACCAGACACUACUACAACCUUGCAACCGACCUCUAUGAGUAUGGUUGGGGCCAAUCCUUCCACUUUUGCCGCUUCUCUCACGGCGAGCCCUUCUACCAGGCGAUUGCUCGUCAUGAGCACUACCUCGCCCACCAGAUCGGCAUCAAGGAGGGCAUGAAGGUUCUUGAUGUUGGAUGUGGUGUUGGUGGACCUGCGCGCGAAAUCGCCAAGUUCACCAGCUGCCACGUCACCGGUCUGAACAACAACGACUACCAGAUCGACCGAGCAACCCACUACGCCACCAAGGAAGGUCUGGCGAGCCAACUGAAGUUCGUGAAGGGAGACUUCAUGCAAAUGUCUUUCCCAGACAACUCGUUCGACGCCGUCUACGCUAUCGAAGCCACGGUUCACGCUCCUAGCCUGGAGGGUAUUUACAGCGAAAUCUUUCGCGUUCUUAAGCCCGGCGGCGUCUUUGGCGUAUACGAGUGGUUAAUGACGGACAAAUACGACAAUGAUAACCUGGAGCAUCGCGAAAUCCGACUUGGUAUCGAGCAGGGCGAUGGUAUUUCUAACAUGUGCAAGGUCUCGGAGGGUCUGGCUGCCAUGAAGGCCGCAGGCUUUGAGAUGCUCCAUCACGAGGAUCUUGCCGACAGGCCCGACCCCAUGCCGUGGUACUGGCCCCUGUCUGGUGACGUGCGAUACAUCCAGUCUGUCUUUGACAUCUUCACCAUCGUGCGGAUGACGAAGUGGGGACGAACCAUUAUGCACAACCUCAUUGGAGGUUUGGAGGCUAUCAAGCUUGCCCCUGCCGGUACCAUGAAGACGGCGAACAGUUUGGCGGUGGCAGCUGACUGCUUGGUUGCAGGUGGAAAGGACCACCUAUUCACCCCCAUGUAUCUCAUGGUUGGCAAGAAGCCUGCCAACUGA